AUGAGGAGUUUCAAUCCUAAAAGAAGACAUCCCAUGAAUAUUUCGAAUGAAAGAAAAGGGCAUAUCAGGUUGAUGUUGCAGGCUGUGAUCAAGCUUCUUCUUACAAGCAUCCUAAUUUCAUUGUUGUUGAGUACAGUUGUCUAUACAGAAACUCCGGUACCAAACAGGAAAUUCUUUUUCAAUGUUGAUGAUAAAGCUCCUCCAUCACCGGCAACCGCCCAUUUGAUCAGGGAUGUUGCCAUAAACUGUGGCUCUGUUGGGAACUCAACAGCACGUGAUGGUCGUGAAUGGAUUGGAGAAUCAGCCAUGGCAGGCAUAUCAGGAGAAUCAAUCAGCUCUGUUGCUGUCCAAAUUUCAAUCCUCCGAGGCGGUGCCGACUCUGUUCCUUACAAGACUUCAAGAAUCUCUGCCACUGAGUUCAGGUACACAUUCCGGGUGAUCCAGGGUCAAAAAAUCAUCCGUCUACAUUUUUAUCCUGCUUUCUACCGUGGUUUUGAGAAAUUGAUAGAUUAUUUCAGUGUCAAAGCCGGCCAUUUUACCCUCCUCAGGGACUACAGUGCUUCACUUGCUGCCCGAAAUUCGGGUGUCAAGUUCAUUGUUAAAGAGUUUUGUUUGAAUGUAGAAGGACACCAACGAUUAGAAUUAACAUUUUCACCUUCUCCUUUGAUUGACAAGUCAAAUGGAAAAACAACAUACGCUUUCGUGAAUGGUAUUGAGAUCAUUUCCAUGCCAACUGGUCUUUAUUACACCCCUGAGCAAGAUGUGUUAGGAGCCCGAAUCGUUGGUCUAAGCAAUAGGUUCUACAUUAUAGAUACUAACACUGCUCUUGAAGUGAAGCAUAGGAUCAACAUUGGAGGGAACCCCCUAAACGCGAUGGAAGAUUUUGGAUUGUUUCGCCGGUGGGAUGAGGAUACCAGUUACUUGCUCGACCCCAGAGGUCGUCAACUGAGUCACCGGGCGCUUAAGUAUAAGAACAUUCCAGCAUUUGUCGUGCCACUGAAAGUUUACCAGACAUCCCGGAAAAUAGAGACAGAAUUAUACCACAGGCUUUAUCACCUUACAUGGAAAAUACCCAUAGAUUUAGGAUUUGGAUAUCUUGUGAGACUUCAUUUUUGUGACUAUAGGAUGUCAGAGAGAGGGGUAAGAGAGUUCAGUGUCCUUAUAAAUAAUAAGAUAGCCGAAACAUGGGCCGAUGUCAUCAGGUGGAGUGGCGAUGUUGGGAUCCCAAUAUACAAGGACUAUUUAGCGAUAAUGGAUUAUCAUGGUGAUGAAAAAAAUAGGAACCCUUAUCUCAUGGUUCGCCUUGAAUCUGAAAAUGAUUCUAUUUUCGAACUCCUUAAAGGGAUGGAAAUCUUUAAGUUGAGUGACCUCGAAAACAAUUUAGCAGCUCCGGACCUGGUGGAUCCUAAAGGACUGUUGUUGACCUCUUGGAACCUGAAAACUGAGACUUUGUCCAUAGAAAACACAAUUGGCGUGGCCGUGACAGUCACCGCUAUUCUGAUGAGCACUAUAGGCUAUGGGUUGGGGAAAUGUUGGGAAAACAGUAACAUCGUUGGAGAAGGCGCAGAUUCAGCUUCAGUUGAACUCUGUCCUCGUUACUUCUCGCUUGCUGCGAUUAAGUUAGCUACGCAGAACUUUAGCGAUGGGCUAGUCAUAGGAAAGGGUGGAUUUGGUAAAGUUUAUAAAGGUGUCAUUCCUGGCGAUCCUGGUAUUGUUGUUGCUAUAAAAAGGUUGAAUAUGUUCUCCAGGCAAGGAGCUAACGAGUUUCGGGCUGAAAUUGAAACACUUUCAAAGCUCCGCCAUAUUCAACUUGUGUCCCUGAUAGGAUAUUGUGAUGAAUCCACGGAAAUGAUCCUUGUUUAUGAGUACAUUCCAGGCGGCACUCUUGCUGACAAUCUUUACAAAUUUGCCAGAAAGGGAAAGGACUGUGUGCCUCUUAGCUGGGAACAAAGGGUAAAAAUCUGCAUUGGUGCUGCUCGUGGAUUGGAAUACCUCCAUACUAGUGGUGAAUAUGGAAUCAUACACCGUGACAUUAAGGAUACAAACAUCUUGUUGGGAGAGAAUUUCGUAGCCAAGAUUUCUGACUUUGGCCUAUCCAAGCUGGAAAAAGUUACAAUGUCUAAGAGUUACGUUAGCACAAGAGUUAAAGGCACACUUGGUUACCUGGAUCCAGACUAUGUCACGAACCAUAGAUUGACGAGAAAAAGCGAUGUAUAUUCAUUCGGGGUUGUAAUGUUGGUAGUUUUGUCAGGGAAACCUGCACUGGAUUCCAGAAAUUGCGGAGAACCAGAGAGUCUCUUGUCAUGCUUCCGAGAAUUUAUGGCAGAAUAUGGUGAUGCAAGUAGAAUUGUUGAUCCAUGUUUGAAAGGGGAUUUUUCAUCGGAAAUCCUUAAAAGCUUUGUAGAAAUCGUUGAAAACUGCUUGCAACUGCAGCCCAAUAACCGGCCUACAAUGGCUCAAGUGGUGUCAAGUUUAGAGCUGGUGCUGAAGGAUACUCAAAACCAGACAAGAUCCGAUUUGGUGGAUUCCAGAAUUCAAUCAUCUUGUUUGAGUCACCAUGAAGCCAGUACCCCGGAGCAAAGUGUCAUUUCUCCACCGGCUGAAAUAAACCCUGGAAAAAACUUGCAGCGAAGAAGAAGAGAGUGGACUACAGUUCUAAAAUCGUUAUUUGGUUGGCUAUGGAAAGUUGGGAAUGGAGAGAAAAAUUUCGCUGGUGCACCAGUGAACCUGAUUAAUGAUGUCCCUGGUGAAGAAGAGGAAGAGAGAGCUGCUCAAGAAGAUAGAAAGUCUACUUCCGAAGAUCAUGAAAAAUCUGUUUCAGAAGAAGACGAGAAAUCUAUAGCAGGAGAAGAUAAGACAUCCACAGCAGGAGAUGGUAAGACAUCGAUAGCUGAUGAAGAUCAUCAGGAAGUUGUCGAACAAAAAGAUGUGAAAGGGAAAAAAGUGGUUGAGGAUGCCUCUCACUUGAAAGAUGAUGAUGAGCAACUUUCAAAGGCUUGUCAAGAAAGUUUCAACUUGGGAUCUCCACCUUAUCCCCGCCCUCAUGAUUCCAGAAGUUUAGGUCCAUCCAAUCAGUCCAAUCCAUCAGAACACAGGAUCUGUGCUGGUUGCAAGGCCGAAUUGGGUCAUGGGCGAUACUUGACUUGCAUGGGUGCUACUUGGCAUCCCAAAUGCUUUAUGUGCCGUGCUUGUGGAGAACCAAUAUCUGAUUAUGUGUUCUCAUUGUAUGAUAAUCAGCCACACCACCAAUCCUGUUAUAAGAUUUUGUACCAUCCUUUUUGUGAUGUCUGCAAAGAUUAUGGAUAUAUGCAAGGGAUAUUUACGGUGGAUGGGAGAUACUUGGCUCUUGGUGAUGGUCGAAAGUUGUGUUUCGAGUGUUCAGUUUCUGCAAUAAUGGACUCUGGCGAAUGCCAGCAUCUUUACAUUGAACUACAGAAUUUCUAUGAAGGUCUACAGAUGAAACUAGAACAGCAAAUUCCAAUACUUUUGGUUGGGAGGCAAGCACUUAAUGAAACUAGGGAAGGAGAAAAACAAGGGCUUCACAAUCUGCCUGAGACAACAGGACUUUGCUUUUCAGAAGAACGGGACGUUGGCACUAUUUUACGGCCGCCUAGGAGGGUUGGUAGUGAUGGAACAAUUGGCAUGUUCACCAGGCCAGCUGAUAUACUAGUCCGCCCAUGUGAGGUGACUGCAAUAAUGAUACUAUCUGGUCUUCCCAGGCUGUUGACUGGAUCAAUCUUAGCUAAUGUGAUGAUGGAGGCUUGGCUAAGGCUUCAAGGUUACUCUCAUUUAAGCCCAGAAGUUGAAAACGGUAUUUGCCAGCUUUUAGCUUAUAGGUGGCCUGAUUCUCAAAUCAAUACUGGUUCUGGUAGUAGUAAUGUGGCUUCUACUUCUUCCUCAUCAUCAUCUACUGGCUCUUCAAAAAAGGAAAUCCCUUCUCAAUUUCAGAAGAAACUUGGCGAGUAUUUCAUGCAUCGGAUAGAAUCGGAUACCUCUUCAGCUAAUAUAUUCAAACAAGCUAAAGAGGCCGUUGUUAAGUAUGGACUGAAGAGAACCCUUGAUUAUACCCUGGUUACAGGAUCCUUCCCAUGA